AUGCAGGCCCUACUCUUCUUCAACCACUUGAGCAUGGCGGAGCCCGUCAUCCAAGAGGCUCGCCCCAAGCCAGAGAUGACAGACAAGGCUCUGGUCGAGGGGGGUGGGGACUGGGUGGCUCUGGACAAGAGGGCGCGGCAGAGACAGGCCGACGGGCGAGACUUCAUCCCCCUCCGUUCCAAGCACUCGAGCGGUCUGCCGGCCAACACGAGGAAGCAUCGGGACCGAGGCCACCAGACCCAGCCCGGCGGUGCUUCGCGAGGGAAUUGA